UCAAAUUUGCGCAACGUUAGAAGCGGACAGGUGGAGGCGAGUCGGUCUCCCCCUCGUAACUCCUCGCCACAUUCCUAAAAUUAGCUGUUUUCUUCUUCUCCUUCCUCCUCCAUUUUCCACAUCACCUUCCAACAUCUCUCUCUAAAACCCUAAUUCUGUUCCAAAUCAAAUCCAAUUCUUCGUUUUCUCAACGCCAAUCUAAACAAUCCAUCAGUCUACCGAUUCAAUCCAAUCCAAUUCAUGCAUAUCUGACCCCAAAUUUCUGUUUUCUCCGGGGCUGCGAUCCAAUUCGGGUGUAACGUCGAUCCAAGGACGCACCUUACUCGGAUUUGAUCGGGAUUCGAUUGGAUCGGAUCUUUUCGAGCUCAAUUAGGAAUCAUGGAUUCGAGUCGAAGAGCUGUGGAGUCGUACUGGAGGUCCCUGAUGAUCGAUGGGGCGACUUCCAACGAAGACAAGGUCGCACCUGUUUACAAAUUGGAAGAGAUUUGCCAGCUUUUGCGAUCAUCGCAUGUCAGUAUUGUCAAGGAGGUUUCUGAGUUUGUAUUGAAGCGUUUGGACCAUAAAAGUCCAAUUGUUAAGCAGAAGGCUCUGAGAUUAAUAAAGUAUGCCGUGGGAAAGUCUGGUUUGGAGUUCAGGAGGGAAAUGCAAAGAAAUUCAGUUGCAGUGCGCCAGUUAUUUCACUAUAAGGGACACCCAGAUCCUUUGAAAGGAGAUGCACUUAAUAAGGCUGUGCGGGAUACUGCUCAUGAGGCUAUUUCUGCUAUCUUUCAAGAGGAAAGUAAUGCAGCACCUGCAGAUGAUCUUAACAGAAGAAUACAAGGUUUUGGGAAUACAAACUUUGAGAUGUCAUCGGAUGAAAAAAAGUCUUUCAUUAGUGAGGUUGUUGGUCUUGGAAGUGCAUCUAUCAAGCAGGGACUUAGUAAUUUCACCCAGAGUCACUCAUUUAAAAAGAAUGACAAUGGAAACUACAAGAGUCCUAAUCUUCAUAGAUCAUUGACCAUUGAAAGCGAGCAGGCUGAUAGAUAUGAACCUGCUCAAUAUCGCAAUGAGGCUCAAAGUAGUUUUGGGUUGUCAAAGAAUGUGACUAGUGGACCAUGGAAUGAGGAUUCAAGGGUAACCAAGACUGCAAUAACCAAUGGAGAUUCCAGUUCAAAUUACAGAGAGAGUAAAACUUGCGAGGAGAUAUUGUUGGAGACCAUUGUGACGUCAGGUGGUGUACGUUUACAACCCACUCGAGAUGCUAUUCAGAUUUUCCUUACGGAGGCAAAGAAGUUGGAUGCUGUAGCUUUGAGUCAUGCCCUAGAUGUAAAACUACAAUCUCCAUUGUGGCAGGUACGCAUGAAAGCUAUUUGUGUUCUUGAGUCAAUUUUGAGGAGAAAGGAUGAUGAGCAUUUUGCAAUCAUAGAAUCAUAUUUUAUUGACAACAGAGAUCUUGUAGUGAGAUGUUCUGACUCUCCCCAAGCUUCUUUGAGGGAAAAGGCUAACAAGGUUUUAAGCCUCUUGGGUGGAGAACAGGCAGGCAGUGUGACAAGUAAUUCAGAACAGACUGUGAAGUCUCAGACUGCUACUUUUGUUCAGAUGCCUGACCUUAUAGACACUGUUGAUUUAGAUGAUUAUGAUUACCACGUGACCAAUGCUGCAACUGACAACCCAAGUGAUCAAGUCAUCACAAACUUAACAGCACCAGCACCCCAACUAAUUGAUGAUUUAUUUGGAGAUGGCCCAGGGACUGCCGGAAGCACCAGUGAACUGAAAAAUGAUGAUGACCCUUUUGCAGAUGUCUCGUUUCACACUAAUGACAGUAAAGAACCAGCAGAUGAUCUCUUCUCUGGGCUUACCAUUGAUAAUAAACUAGAUCCUCAUGAGAAUUUCGUGGCAGAAGAGAAAAGUGGAACUGAAAUGUUUGAUAUAUUCGGGCCCAAUUCUGAACUUCUGCAGGAGCAAGAUCAUGAAAAUGAUUUAAGCAAUUUAAUGGGUGGUUUAUCCAUUGAUAAAAAUGUCCCAAAGAUGGAGCAGAAAGGAACCCCUCCUGGACAACUAUCCGAACUUUUGUCGGAUUCAACUAGUCAUCCCAGCCGUCUGGCCUCCAGCAAUGAUUGGAGUGGCAUUCUUAAUUCUCAAACAGCUCUGGCGAAUGGAAAUGCAGUGUUACCUCCUGGUGGUAUGCCUUACAAUAUACCUCCUGGAGUUAUGUUCAAUCCAGCCUUUCCUUCUCAGCCAAUAAAUUAUGGUGCCAUGGGAAAUCUUCUUGCUCAGCAGCAAUUCCUAGCGACAAUGUCUGGCCUUCAACACUUUGGAAACCUCAAUGCGCAAAAUAUGAAUUUAAGUAAUGUUGCUGGAACAAAUGGAGGAUAUGCUUCUGCACUUCCGGAUAUUUUCCAUGCAAAUCAACCAAAUCCAGCUCCGGGUUCGGUGGUGAACAGUUCAAAGAAAGAGGAUACCAAAGCAUUUGAUUUUAUCUCGGACCAUAUUGCUGCAGCCCGUGAUCCAAAGAGGGUAGUUUAAGGCUGUCAUCUUGUGUUUCAAGACCAAGGACCACUGCAGCACUCCGAUAGCAAUUACAAAGCAGGUCCAUCUCUUAGAACAACAAAGCUAACAUUUUGUUGUGAAAAGAAUGAAAUUUGCAUAUAUUGCUGAGACGUUUCCAUGAUAAAAUCAAUUCAAAGGGAUAAAAACCAAAUCAUCUCGGAACCGGGAUGAAAAGAGUAGAGAACAUAUUUGUGCUCGUUUUCGGUAUUGGAGAUUGAAGAGAAUGAAUGUUGUGUAGUUAGCUUUGCUAGUUUUACAAGUAUGUAAUGUAAUGCAGGCGAAGAUUUUCCCAGUCCUUCCUCUUGUAAUGAAUUUGUAGAGUGCCUCUUUA